CGACGCUCCCCCGAGUAUGAGCGGAGGGAAACCAUGGCGGAUAGGCACAGGGACGACUGGCGAGAGAGUUCGAGGGAUUCUUAUUGGAGGGACAGAGAUAGAGAUAGAGCACCACCGCGACGUGUCUUCGACCCCCAAACGGGGGAAUCGCACCCGCUCCCAUACGAGAGCAAGGAUCGCUAUAUUAUUACACACAAGGCCUCAAAGCCUCCUACUUUCAGGGUCUAUGGCAUUACAGAAUAUCUGGAGAAGUGGGAGCUUCACGCCAGCCGGAGUCAGUGGUCGGAGGAAGAGAUUAUAGAGAACUUUCUGUUUAAUGUGGACCCAAGUCUCGGUAAGGAAGUUAAGGAAGCUCGACCGAAGGAUGGGAAAUGGACUACGUACAAGAAGAACCUCGUUGAGCUUUACAAAUUUGAGGAUAACAAGUACUCCAUCAAAGACCUUGAGACGAUGACUCAAGAUGAAGAUGAGAGCAUACGGGCAUUUGGGAUGCGUUUCCAGAAGAUCUCCGACGUGCUGAUGAAGAAGGGGAAGAUCUCAGAGGUCGAGCGUUGUACUAUCUUCAUCGGACACCUGUCCAAAGGUAGACAAAAGAGUAUACUUAGAGAUCUUCCGUGCGACAAGCUUGACUUCCCAGAAGUCCUAAAGCUCGCGAUAAAGGUAGAGGCAGACGACUUCAAGGACUUGGUGUGGAGAGGGAUGAGAAGACGUGACUUUUCUCUCUACAAGGAGUAUGUCACUGAUAGAUGUCCUGAUUUUAAGGACCAUCCCUGGUCGGAGAAGAAUGAAGCCGUGGUCGAGGAAGUGAAGGAGAUAAGGGACAUGGUAAGGGGAUUGACAAGACAGGUUACAGAGAUUGUGACCAGCAUAAGAGCCACGACUUACCGGGACAAACCCGGAGGGCCCUAUUCACUUCGCUGGGACCAUAGGAACACCGACGAGUCAUGGAGACGUAGGGAUGAUGAGAUAGACCAGGACCGCAGAGCUCGCGAGACGUAUGGGCGAGCUAGGAGGCUGGAUGAUUACUCGCGUAACCCUCGCUAUGAGGCCGAUCGGGGUAGAGGCGACUCUCAAGGCCGGUGGGAGUCAGAUCAGGGUCGACGAGACGGGUACAGGGACAACAGAUAUCAGAGAUCAGACCGGGAUGGAUAUAGGGAAGGAAGAUAUAAGAGGACGGAUCGAGAUGGAUACCGAGGUGGCGGAUAUGAGAGAGGAGAACGAGACGGGGACCGACGAGACAACUCGCACGGACGAGCAGCGAGAGGUUCGACCUCCAGAGGCACAGACGACAGGCCACCCACUCUCAGGAACUCUUGCGUCUACUGUAGAGGAGAUGAUCAUAUCAAGAGAGAUUGCCCGGACCUCAAACGGGCAAUAAAUGAGGGACUUGUCGUGCUUGACGACCGCAAGUACGUCAAGUGGGCAGAUGAUCUGGGAGAUGUGUCGAUGUUCCCUUCGAUGAAGGAGAAUAUCGAAGCAAGGAGAGUAAGGCCGAGUAAAGGAAAGGAGCCGGUCAGGAGUCAGAGCAUCAAGAUAACUUUUGAGGGGGAUAAGGCGACCACACCCAUAAGGGUGGCAGCCACCAAGUCGGCGAGGGGGUCUACAUCGAAAAAGACUGACACGGAUUACGUGAUGGCGGAGAAGGAGGGGCAGCGGAUCGAUGGAGAGGAGGUUAUUCUUUCGCCGCGAAAGCAGGGAGUGAAGAAGUUUUUGAUGAAGAGUUCGCUGGAUGAGAUUGACACGGUCGAGCCGCUGAGGCGGGCCCUUCGGCAGCCCAUGCAGUGCUCAAUUCUGGAGUACCUGGCGACAUCAAAGCCAACUCGCGACGAGUUACAGAUGAUCACGCGGAAGACUCGCAUACCUCUAUCGGAGGAGGUUCAGAUGACCCCUAAGGCGGAAGCUCCUACAGUAGCAGUAACGGGGGUGACUGCCAGAGCAGAUCGCAUGGCGACAGUCCUUCUUGAUGGGAUGGAAGGUGUGCCUCCAGACAAGUUUUACAUACUUGGUAGUGGGGCCGUGGAGGCGAUCAUAAAUGACGGAGCGGUACUAGAUGCUGUGAUCGAUAACGGCGGUGAGACUGUCAUUAUAGACGAGGAUCUGGCAGUGCAGGUUGGACUGGGCCUUGAUAGGUCCUACCUAUUCGAGAUAGAGACGGCUGAUGGGAGAAAGCAACAAAUCAUUGGGGUUUGUCACAAGGCAGCCCUAGAGGUCCAAGGGCUACGAGUGACCCUGCCUGUCUUUGCAGUCAAGAACUGCAGCUCCGAUCUGCUCUUGGGACGAACGUGGUUGAGCCACGUGCACGCGGUGACGAUAGAGCGACCGGAUGGGAGCCAGACAUUGUCCAUUAAGAAGCUAGAUGAAGCGCGGGUUAUGAUUGAGACAGUGGAGCCUCGGGACCCGAGGAACACAGCUGCUCUCGCUGUGGGUGCGAGACCCAGUGAUCAGAUUAAGUCAUUACCUAUCUCCGGCCACACAGUGCAAUUUCGCGAGAAGAAGUAUGAACCACUGCUCACGGAGGAAGAAGGUCGGAUCGUGAAAGUGGAAGAUUUAGGGAGUCGGAUGGUAGUGGACCGCAACUCGUACCCAAAGGAGACAGAUGAGGAAUUUGGCGGUGCGGACCUUCAGAAGGUCAACGCGGUGACGAUACGAGACGUGGGCUCCGUGCCACACGCCGACUUACUGGCCGAAGGCGCCGCUGGCAGGUCGAUUUAUUCGGUCUGUGAUCUGUUCUCAGGCUAUGAUGAGGUACCUCUUGAUCCUAGGGACAGACACCUCAUGGCUAUGCACACGCCAUUGGGACUGAUACAGAUGAUGGUUGUCCCUAUGGGUUGGACUAAUGGGGUAGUUGUUUUCCAGAGAGCCAUGGUAGCUGUCCUCAAGGACUUCAUCCCUGAUAAGGUUGAAGUUUUUCUGGAUGACUUUCCUAUAAAAGGGCCAGUAAACAAAGAUGAGACAGAGGUUGUACCAGGAGUUAGAAGAUUCGUCGAGAAGCCCCUAACAGAUAUUUGUGCGGUACUUGAGCAGCUGGACGAUGCGAAUUUAACGGCCAGCGGGACAAAGAGUCAAUGGGUCGUCUCGACUAUUAAGAUCUUGGGCUUUAUCUAUGACUCGAGAGGACGCCGAGCAGAUCCGGCGAAGUUAGACAAACUCCUGAACUGGUCGUCACCGUUACAUAGUCCAACUGAGGUCCGACAGUUUCUGGGAGUGAUCGGUUACUGUCGUAUAUUCAUACGAGGGUAUGCAGAGAAGGCUGAGCCAUUGAGGUUACUCCUUCGAAAGACUGAGAAAUUCUACUGGGAUUCCUCGCAGGGACUCGCUAUGCAAGAACUUAAAGACGAAUUUAAGGAGGGAGGACGCAUAUUGGGCGUGCCAUUCUUUGAUGAUGAGGCUGGGAGACCCUUCAUAGUAUCCACGGAUGCUGGACCUUGUUCAGUAGGUGGAUUGUUGUCUCAGAAGGACGCAGGAGGGAAGGAAAGACCAUUAAGAUUUGAGAGUAGAACACUUAAUACAGCUGAGCGUAAUCGGUCAAUUCAAGAAGGAAGUGUUAGCUGUUCUGCGGUGUCUAGACACGUUCAGACACUAUAUCUAUGGGUGACGGUUCAUCUUGAGAGUAGAUCCCACCGUGGUUGCCUCUGUCCUCCAGAAGGACUUUAGUCUGACGGACCCGACCAUCGCUCGAUGGUUAAUACGGAUUCGGCUAUAUGAUUACACAAUUGCGAGGAUAUCUGACACUAAAAAUGUC